AAAAAGCAACACGAGCAUCAUCAUCACCAGCAGCAGCGAAAGAGAAAAGACGAAAGCGAACGCGAGAACCAUCAAACUCCUGUCCUAUCGCGAAAAGGAAGGGAAAAAAGCGAUUUUCGACGGACGGAGCUGCUACGACGGAAGCAGAGCGCAGUGAAGUGAAAAGUAGUGCGGAGAGUGUGUGUGGUUGGCGAGCGAUGUGAAUGGGAAAAUAUAUUGGACAAGCGAUCAACGUCGGACGACGAGCUUGGUGCGGAAAACGAAAAGAGUGGUGAUUGUUUUACUUGGCCGUACCUUCCAGAGAGUUGGUGUGUGUGAAAAAUCUCGAUCGGAUCUGGCGACUAUUGCACCCGGGUGCACGGCACGGGAGUUGGAAAUCCAGUCACUUGCCCGGAGAAACGGAAACUCGGAUAAGAGUGGUGGACAUUUUUUUUUUCACGAACGUCCUAAAGUUCGACGACAGCAGCAGGAAGCUGCGAAGAAGGUGUCAGAAAAGGUUCGAUUUUUGCUUUUUCCCGUCGUUAAAGCUGCUGCAAUUUUUCGAGUGUUGGAAAGAAGAAAAAGGUCUAUUGGUUUUAACACAGUCCUGCCAACGGAGAACGGAUGCCCCAGACUCCGCGAGGGCAGCGAAGGAAUAUUAUUUUAACUGUGAGAGUGUUUUCCUCGACGGAAAAGAAACAAUUUUCAUCACUUUGAUUCGUCGUCGUCGUCGUCGUCACUCGCAGAGCCAAGAUCCGACCGAGUGCGGCAGAGGGAAAUAUAAACGAGUGGGUGCUAAAAAGAGCAAAUAACACAGAAAAAAAACCUCAACCUCAACAAGAAGAGUCGUUCUAAAUUUAACACGCGAAAAUCGGAAGGCGAAAACAAGGAAAAAUAGUUUUCCUUCUGAUUUUUCCGAGAGGGGCUAAAUUUUCUGGUUGCGAGUUUGUAGAAGUGCGUCCCCCCUGAGGAAGGCAAAGAGGAACAAGGACACUGCUGGUGGCUCGCUGAAGUGCAGUUGCCUUCGGGGUUGUUGUUGUUGUCUUUGUUUGUUGUUGGAAGAAGCAACGCUUGAAAACGGAACCACCACGGCGAGAAAGCAGCAGCAGCAGCAGCACCGCGGAUAAUGAAGAGGAGAAAUGCCGAUUGUGGCAAGAUUCGGCGACCCAUCAAGAGGAAUAAAAUAGCAGAACAGAUUGGAAGCAACACACUGCUAUACGUAAAAUUCCUUCUGCUAUGGGCGUUCGUAAUCACAGCUGACUUCCUGCUGGAGUUCCGUUUCGAAUUUCUGUGGCCCUUCUGGCUACUUCUUCGCUCAGUGUAUGACUCGUUCAAAUACAAAGGACUGGCCUUCUCGGUACUGUUCGUGUGCAUUGCCAUCACUUCCGACCUAGUGUGUUUGUUCUUCAUCCCAGUGCAGUGGCUGUUCUUCGCGGCCAGCACCUACGUGUGGGUGCAGUAUGUGUGGCAUACAGAUAAAGGAGUCUGUCUGCCAACCAUCAUCCUGUGGAUACUGUUCGUCUAUCUGGAAGCUGCCAUCCGGUGGAAGGAUAGUCGAAACAUACCACAUCUCGAUCUCUGCCGGCCAUUCGCGGCGCACUGCAUUGGCUACCCGGUGGUAACACUCGGGUUCGGCUUCAAGAGCUACGUUGGCUAUCGCAUAAGGCAGCGCAAACAGCGCGAGGUGGCCAAGGACAAUGACUUCUACAUGCAGCUGCUGCAGGAAGCUUUGCCCAAGGAUGAAUCCCCUGUCAGUGGCGGUGAUGCGAAUUCGUCUGUUGACCAGCAUCAACAGGAUCACCAGCUGUCACCUUCCGCUCAGCAGAAGGAUCUUACCGUGACGGCUGCAGCGAUUCAUCAGCAAGGCAACAGUAUCAUCAGCAACAGUACUAGUAGUAAUAGUAGUAACAGCAGCAGUGGCGGUGGUGGUGGACAUCACCAUCACCAUCAUAGUAGUAAGAACGCUCAAAGUCAUAACAAAUCACAGAGCAAUGUGACGUCCACGAGUCACGUAAACGGUCACGCCGUAGGAGGAGGCACAAGUUCGACGGUGACUAGCAACAGUAGUGGAAACAGUACAAUGAAUGGCGGGGUCAACCAUUCGAAGCAUCUUCAUCGGAAGAGCCUGGACAAGGACAGCUCCGGUACGCCGAGCGGGAAGGUCAGCAGUUAUCCAUAUCACCAACAGCAACAGCAGAACAGUACCGGUAGUAGCAGUAACAGUGCUAAGGAAAGCUCGCGAUCGAACGAUAGCUCCCACACGAACGGUGCUGCCAUGUCUCCGAAGGAGAAAAAAGACUGCGACUCCUCGACGGGCCAAAAGUCUCACUUUGAUAGUCUCUCUACGGCCAGUUAUCAAAUGAACAGUAGCAACAAAUCUACGCAGGUCAAUGACAGCAACCAUGACAGUGGAGGAGGUCGGAGCAAGGGUCAGCAAAACGGUCACGUAGUCAACUACGACAUGGAACUCAACCAUCAACAGCAGCAGCAGCAGCAACCACAUAAUCACAUAGAGAACGAUCCUCCGGUAGAGCCGAAGGCGAAUCGUUCCGGUCGUAAGAAUCGCGUAAAACAGAAGGAGAAUGCCAAUCACCUGGCAGCGGUUCGACUGGCGGCAACACUUGCUCUGGCAUCCUCCAUAACCACCCUCACGACAACAACGGCUGCGGCGUCGACGGUAUCUACGACGACGGCGGGGACCGCGACGACGACCACCACCACGACAUCUAUGACUUCUUCCAAAGACAAUCAUCAACAUCACCACAACCACGAUCAACAGCGACAGCAGGAGCAGCAGGCCGCAGCCAACGACAGCAGUAACAGCACAGUCUCGAACAAUACUCAGAAUGGUAACAGUCUGGCCGCGGGUUCUACGGCGGUCAGUUCGAAUGCCACGGGAAUCGGAACGGUUCCAUCACAGCAACACCCACCGGUCGCACCGGCGCCGGUGGUUCCGAAAGUAUGUGACACUUGCAGCCGACUGGAGGCGGACGCCAAGAAGCUCCGUUUGGAGAUUACUAACCUGAAGCAAGGCGAAUACGAAAUGCGACAAAAGUACGAUGCUAACACCGGCAAUCUGAAGACCUGUUUGCAGGCCAAACAGAAGGAGCACGAGGAGCUACAGAACAAAUUCCAAGACCUGACGGUCCAGCGACAGCAGGAGCGGCAAAGCAUGCAAACGGUCGAGCGACGGUUGGGCGAGGAACGGCGCCAUCGGCAGUCGCUGGAGUCCCAGGUGUCGAACGAACGCAAACACCGGAAGCAAGCGGAGGAGAAGGCCGCCCGCGCCGAGUGCGGCGAGGCGUGCAAGCUCAAGCGACAGCAGAUGGAGAUGGAAAUCCAGAAGCUGCGGCGAGAACUGAUCAACUCCGAGGACGCCAUGCACAAUGCCGAAACGCAGAAUCGGAACUUUGAACAGGAGAUGCGCAAGAUCGAAGUACAGCUGCGGAACCGCGAGUCGCAGCAGAGCUCCGAGGUGCUCAUGUCGGCCCUGGCAGCGAUGCAAGACAAGAAUGCCACCCUGGAGAAGAACCUAUCGGCCGAAACGAGAGUUAAGCUGGACUUAUUCUCGGCCCUCGGAGACGCUAGGCGCCAGCUGGAAAUUGCUACCUGUUCCGUUCGUACCAAGGAGAAGGAGAUUUUAGACUUGAGAGCGAAAAUCGCUCAACUGCUGGCAGUGAUGCCAGGGGUGACUGGUGAUGCGCUCUGCCUGUCGGGUCCCGGCGGACCUCCUUCAUCGGGUGGUGGUGGCUUGCGGCUGGCCGACGCACCACAGUUGCUCUCUCAGUCCGGUAUGAACGGGCAACAGAGCCCGAUGUCGCACAUUGUGAUGAACUCGCCACCGUUGAUGAGUCAAUUAAGCCAGCUGGGUGUGCUGACCUCAACGAUCACGACACCGACGGCAGCCAUGUCCGGUGUCGUAGGAUCUGUGAACAAUGUGGUAACUGGUGGUGCCGGAAUGAUCCCGCAUUCGGUACAUCAACAGCAGCAGCAUCAGCAGCAAACUGCAGCCGGUAUUGUGACGGUAGCGGGUGCCGUUACCGGCUCCAAUGGCCAAAUAGUACAAAUGCAAAACUCAAACAACUGUCCCUCCAAUCUGGAUCCGAAUGCGUCGGUCUACACGCCGAAAAACUGCUGCUCAUCGAUGGUCGGCGGUACCGAGGCCUGACCUGCAGCGUUGGAAUUGCAGCAUCAAUUCCUUCCAAUCAUCAGCAACAGCAGCAGCAGUAGUUGCACAUCUUUCCCCAGUCUUGAUCAGUUUAUCGCUCCGGUACAUACCCUCCUACAGCAAGCGACUCAGCAACAGCAGCAGCAACCAGGUAAUCCUUUCGCCUAAUCAGUCGGACAAGGGGAAAGGAAUCUCCGGAGUGUGUGUGUGUCCUAUUUUUGAUCUCAAUUCUACUCGCGAAUUUUACAAAGAGAUCCCAUUCGAAGAAAAGCUAAAUGUUCCUAGUCUCAAACACACACCACGCAGGUUGCGUUGCGACCCGGUCCUAUCGCUGGAGAGCUUUCCGUUCUAAAUUUUAAAGAAAGAAACCCUACUUUCCUUUCCUUAUUUUAAAUCUCUGAAGUCAACUGAAGUACUCCUUUAGUUAAGUUUGAUUUAUUUUCUUUUUGAAUUGAACUCUUCUUUUUUGCCUAUCAAUACCGAAAACUAAAUCGAAUAUUAUUGAUUAUCUGUAAGAAAAAUCUGCUGUAGUUUUUCAUCGAAAAAAAGCAAAACUCGCAGCCCCAUCUCUAUGGACGUACUUGUCGUUUCCCAGUUGAACAAAUGAAAACUUCCACUUCCUGUUUCCCCGGCGUAGAAUAACGGGGGAAGGUUUGUGUUCCCUUUAAGACACCGGGUUGGGGUUCCGUGACCUGGGACCUUUUCGAAACUGCUUUUUUUUUUGUUUCUCUCUAUUUUUGUUCUACCGUGCGAAGCUUAGUUCCCGUUGUUGGCAGUGAUUCGUAACCAAACUUCACAAAACAUAGUACCUAAAAUAAGCUUUUAUAGAACAAUAACUUGCAAGUAACCACACGAGACAAUCUUCUUCGGUGUAGAAAAAAAAAUCAAAAACUGUCGAGCACACAGGGGUUAACAUUUUUCCCUUACUAAACCAACGAACUUCAGUAUAAUCGAGAAUAUCCUCAGCGUCAUGUUUCCAGCCAACGUUUUUGGCACACAAGUUAUCUUGAUCCAAAAUACUUGUGAUGCUCUAAAUUUAAAAUGCUUCGCGGGCCUCUCAAAUCCGUCACGACCAGACGAUCC